UUAUCCGUAUUGCAAACCGUUCUUUGCUACCGAGUGAACUCGCUCCCUCUUUACUGAAGCUCGGUCCGUGUCCUUUGUGUGCGCGCGCACUCUCUCAUAAACGAACGCCGGCCCUUUGCUCCAUGAAUACCUCCCGACCCCGACCAUGAUCUCCUACGUCGUAGGCCUCGUGGCGGUCCUUGUUUUCUUCGCUGACCCCAUCGCCCGGCUCUUCUCUCCAUCCGGGGCCGGCGGCCGAGGCCGGAUUGUCCGUACGCCCCGGCCGCAGAUGAACGAGUCGCUCCUCGCCAUCGAGUAUCCCAACGCCACGGCGUUGUCGUGCCCGCCUGACACGUACUCGGUGCGCAUCUUCUCCAAAGAGCCGCUGGUGUUGUAUAUUGAGGGGUUCCUUAGCCCCGAGGAGAGGGUGCAUUUGCUCGACAUCAGCCAACCCCUGUUUGAGCCGUCAACGAUAACCCAUGACGGCGCCGGUGUCCAACGCGACACCUCGAUCCGCGAGUCCGAGGUUGCCAUGGUCCCGCGCACCGACACGGUCCGCUGCGUCGAGGCCCGCGUCCGCGCGCUGCAGGGCUGGCGCGAGGAGCUCUGGGUCGAGAGGCUGCGGACCCAGCGCUAUGUCGAGGGCGGGCACUACUCAUAUCACUUUGACUGGAGCGCGAACCGUGGCGGAUGGGGGAGAGUGAGCAGCAUGAUGGCCUGGGUCGACGCGCGCGACGAGGACGGGACGCCUGGGACGGGCGGAGGCGAGGGCCUGGUCGGCGGUGGGACAGAGUUCCCGUUGUUGAGCGUCCCGGGAGUCAAGGAGAGGUGGUGUCGGUUCGUCGAAUGUGGGGGUGUGAGAGAAGGGAAUGACGGCGGUCAGAAGAUGGGCGAAGGCGAUGGAGAGGAGAAGGGGGUCGUGUUCAAGGCGGUCCCCGGAAACGCCGUCUUUUGGGAAAACUUUCGCGCCGAUGGGAGCGGUGCUGGAUACGACGAGACGUGGCACGCUGGUUUGCCCGUAAAGAAAGGCGUCAAGGUCGGUUUGAACAUUUGGAGUACGGGACGGAUAGAUUAGGUUGGUGUUCUGGGCGGCCCCGUGUCUUUUGAUCCAUUCCAGCUUGACCACAGUUGAGAUACGACAUAUGCUGUAUUAUAGGUAGAUGCUACAACACUGAUAAGUCAUGUGAGCGUCGUGUACUCGG